UUAACCGUCCAAGAGAGUGUUUUUCCACGUUGGGCGCACAUGCGUUCUCGUCUUUCUUACUUGCCUACUAAAACACCAUUAGAGGUCCAAACCCAUAUUAGAUACUUGAUCAUCAUUAGUUACAUGAUAGAUACUUCGACAUUGUAAAUGAAUUUAUAUUUCACCGUAAACCAUGAGAAGUCGGUAUUAAUUUUGUAAAGAAAGCUAGAAUAAAGGAUAGGGGAAUAAAAUCAAAAGGAGAUAUAGAAUGGAAUCGUAAAAUGCAAACAAGAUUCAAUGUAUCAAGGCUUUGAAUUACAUAUAGAACUAAACGAAACAAAUGAGAGUUGGUCAAAAGGGGAAACAUAAAAUGAUAGGACUUGUUUUCUCCAAUGAAAUUAAGAUUAACUAUGAAACUCAAAAGCAUGAAAGAUUGCUCACAUGCAACCCAAAUUCAUUUGUUCUUAAUAAUGCAUGGUUAUAAAUAAUGUUUUAAAAUAAAGUAAUACAGAGCAAACGAAUUUGAAUGGAUUAAUUUGGUCAGAAUAUAUAUUAAGAAAUCGAAUUUAGGAAGAGACUAUUAGAAAAGUAAAUGUUAAAAAAAUUGAUAGAUGCCUUGGGGACUAAAACAAUAGGGAGAUGAAAAAGGGUGUGGCCUAUAAAAUUGAGAGCACAUGCAUCACCCCUUGUUGUUUUAAAUUAUUCUCUAGUUUAUAUAACACCCACUUUGGAUUAUUGUACAUGUAGACUAAUGGGAGUAUAUUAUAAAAAAGAAUAAGAAUAAUACGAUCCACCAUCACCGUCCCUAACGUUGGUCGUGUAGCCAUGCAUAACUGGUCUUUGGUCUUCUUCUUCUGACACAGAAUAAGAUCGUCUUAGAAAGGCUACCACUUGCUUCCUUAGAUACUCUCGUAUCAAAUAUGAUUAUCAUAGUCUUACCCCAAAAAAAUGAUAAUCUUUCUCAAAGACUUUCUCUUUUAAUUUGUGUUAGUCAAAAGUCAAAACCCGACACUGGGUGAUUAAUUCGUUUUACAAGAUUUAUACGCAUAUAAUAGAUGCUUAAGUAAUGACUUCAUGAUCCCAUGAUAAAGUCGACUACCUUCAAUCAUAUGACCAUCAUUGCGCCCUUUCUUUCCAAAUUGUUUUAUUAUUUUUGAAACACCAAACUCAUUGUUUUUCGAGUUGUAUGAUUGAUAAGAGGAAAACCGUUUACGUUUCAUGAAAUAAUUAGGAAUUGCUUCUCUUUUUCUCUGGAGAGUGUAUGAUUACAAUCGCAGUUCAUGCAUAUUCCAUAUCAUUUAAAUUGGACCAACACAUGCAAUAGUAUUUGGAUAUUCUCCGAAUUUAAUAGUUUACUACUGCCGACUACGUUAUUUAUCUAUAAUUUUUGUUUAUCUAUCAACUGCGAGAUCAUAUUAUUAGACAAGUAAAGUUGGUAGCUAAAGUAACAUGCUAAUCAUGGCUCCCCUUAUCAUUCACCAUCUUUUAUUUUCAGCUUAUUAUUGUUGACGAGUGAUGAGUACACAGAGAUGUCAGAUGUAUCUAAUUAUAAUGCUAACUCAUUGCUAUAUGCAUUUAUUUUUAAUGGUUUUUCUUAUUAUUUGUUCGCUCUCAUUUGUAACAAAACCAAACUCCUUUGUAUUUUAAAUAAAUUGGAGUUAAUAUACUAGCAGCUAUGAUCAAAGUUAGUCCGAUCUAAGCAUUAGAUUUGAGCGGAACCAUUUAUGAAAUCACUAGUAUACAAUCCUUGAGAAAUGAAUAAAACAUGCUACCAAGUGGCAAAUCAUUUGAUAAUUAUAUAUUUCGAUUGACUGAUAAUUGAUAUAUCAUAGCCUCAUAGGCCACAAUUAACUCAACAGCAGUGCUGUUUUUUUAAAUGAUGUUCAUAUUGGAAUAAAGAUAAAAAUAUAUUUAUAUAGAAUAUAAAAAUGAGAAAAGGAAAGGAAAGGUGCAUGCAGCUCUUAUAUAAAAGGGUUGUCAAAGGGAUACCAACACACAUUCCUUCCCUCAUUUUUCUUCUCCUUCAACUAGAAUAAAUAAUCUAAACCGGAUAUCAAGAAUAUAAACCGGAUACAGAACGAUGAACACAUCCAAGACCAAGAAGAAGCAAGAAGAGGUUGGAACAAAGUUUCUUGGGGUAAGAAGGAGGCCUUGGGGAAGAUACGCAGCUGAGAUAAGAGACCCAACUACAAAGGAGCGUCACUGGCUUGGUACCUUUGAUACGGCUGAGGAAGCUGCCUUGGCCUACGACAGAGCUUCUCGGUCCAUGCGUGGAACUCGUGCCCGAACCAACUUUGUCUACUCAGACAUGCCUCCUUCCUCCUCCGUCACCUCCAUUGUUUCUCCUGACGAUCCUCCUCCACCACCUCCUGCUGCUUCUCUUACUUGUCCAAAUGAUCCUGUCGAUUACAUGAUGAUGUUUAACCAAUAUUCAUCCACGGAUUCGCCAAUGCUUCAGCCUCAUUCUGAUCAAAUGGAGAGUAGUUACAUGUUUGGUGGCUCUCCUUCUUGUUAUUCUAACAGCAGCUGCGAGCUGCCUCCUCUGCCGAGCGACUUGUCUAGUUCUUGUUAUAGCCAACAACAAUGGAGCGUGGAAGACUUCUCCUCCGCUAACUAUUUCGAGGGUGAGUACGUCCACAGCCCAAUGUUCAGUAGAAUGCCUUCGGUUUCUGACUCCUUGCCUCAUGGUUUCAACCACUUUUAUUCCUAUAAUUAACAUCUUCUCAUCCAUAUUUAAUUUAUUUUCACCUUUGUUUCUUUUUUUUUCAUCAUGUUUAGCCGUCCUUGAUCUCUUUCUAUGAUCAAAGUGACUGUUUGUCUUUCAAUAAGGAGUUAUCCCUUUUGUAUCUUAACCAAUGGAAAACAAAAUUUACAUGCAUAUUACAUAUGGGCCUUAGAAUUCAAGGCCCCAAAAUGCCUGAUGGGCUAUGGCUUGACAUGACAUACUCUGUUUAUAUUAUUCAUGUUCGUUCCUUAUGGUAGAACUAGAUUUAUAGGUUAGACAUACUACAUUUUUGGUUUUUUGGUGUAUAUAAUAAGCUAAUGUAAUCCGAAAUGUUUGGCAUACUAAUUAGGGAGGCCGACUAGUUAAUAAAGAAGACUUGGCCCUCGAGUCAUUUGCUAUAAUAGGCCAAAACUUAGGCCCAGAUGUAUCAUGUAAUGCAUCUGCACGGUUCGAUAAUUUGAAAUCUAGAGUACGUGUGGGACUGGGAAGGGUAGUGGUGAAACCUCCUUAGUGGUUAAGUCAUGGAGAAAAAAAAGAAAAAGGUUGUUUUUUUUGUCACAAAAAAAGGUUAAACAAUAAAAUGAGAGCUUGAAACGGCCAAAAAGCAACGUUAUGGUGGUGGUGCGAAUAUUUAUGUGUAUUAUUCGCUCUUUCUAUUCAAUCAAAUGAAAGUUACGUACAUGUCUUAAGAUAUCGUUUCCGAAAGUCACAUAAUCUACUACUUUCUUUGUCAAUAAUAUAUAUCUACUCCAGAAACACCGAGACGGAUGAUGAUGAGUACAUUACAUUCACGCAAGUUAUUGGUGUUUGGUCAAAAUAUAUCGAGACUUGUCUGAAAUCUUUCACCAGACAUUACACAACAGAAAAAGGAGGCGCGCGAAUAUGAUAAUAGUAAAAGGCAACAAAAGCUAAAUAAAGAGAGAGAAAAGUAAAGCGUUUUAGCCUCAAUCAACGGUAACGUAUCUUAAUUUAUGAGGUUCGUCUUUCUUUUACUUUUGUCACCAAGAGUUUGCGGCAAUGGUUGACUAGUUAUGCAUGGGAACAGAAGUAGCAAACAACAGUGCCGUGCGAAGGUUUUCGGAGGCCCGAGGCGAGUUCAAAAAUAUAAUUUACAUGAUAUAUUUUCAAUAAUAUAUAUAUAUAUAUAUAUAUAACACUCAAAAGUUUUGACUUAUUACGUAAACGUUUUCAAAAUUUUCUUCACCAAAAUUUUAUAAAUAAAAUUUUUAAAUCAUGAACAAAAAGUAUGAAUUUGUAAUAUAAAUACAAGGAUAUAAAUUUUUGAAUGAAAUGUUAGUAGCUGUCAAAAAUGUAAAUCUUAGCAUUUAAAUUAAC